AUGUGUCGUGGCUGUACUUGGCCACUUUAUCCAACCAUACAACUCGAUUGUUGCGGACAAAGAAUAUGUAAAGAUUGCAUUCCUUAUAUCAAAAGUACAGAAUUCAAGUGUCCGUCGUGUGGUGUUUCAAAUAUUAACAUCAAUCCCGAUAAGGGACAUACGCGUGAAGUUGAAAACCUAGUAGUAAAUUGUCCAGAAUGCGAUUGCACAUGGGAUGGUUUAUUUAGAAAUUUAAAAGAUCAUCUCAAGAGUCACUGUACGCUUCAAUGUAAAAACUGUAAUGAAAAGUUUAUAUGGACAACACAAUUAGAAAAUCAUCAACGGGAGAGAUGCGUGUAUCGCACUGUUCCUUGUGAACUUGCUCCUCUGGGAUGUUCUAAGGAGGUUCCAAUUUCGGACAUUGAGAAGCAUUAUUUAGACAGUGAGCAUCAGCAAUAUCUACUUGCAUUUAUAAAAGAUAAAAUUUUACAUCUAUACAAUGGAAUUCCAAAAUUAACUUCACAGAACACACCGGCAGAUAAUGGAAAGCAAAAUAAUGGACAUACGCCAACAACUGCUAAAGGUCAAGGAAGCAUCAAAAAAGAGUAUGAAACUAUUUGA